UUUUCUGCAUCAGCUAAGGAUGAAGAGGAGGGGCAGACUUAGGGUGAAAACUGUAAUAUCAUAAGGAAGCAUGUAAGGAAUAGAAAGAGCACUCUUUCAGCAAACAGGAUAGCAUCUGUACCUCAUUUUGAGAGAAAAGCUAGUGUAUUACCAAAUACACUUUCUUGUUGCUUCGGGAAGAGAAUGCAAUCAGUAUUAAUUUUAUAGUAGUUUGGACUGCUUACGGAAGCCUAUCACAGGCAACAUGUUAUGGAUGUCAUUAAAAACAAGGAUUUUCAGCACUUCGUGGUGAUAAGGAACAUGAGGCGUGAAACUUAGAAAAGGACGUCUUCUAUUCCAUUGCUGCAGCAGGAGCAGAGAAAAUACUUACUCUCCCUCUCAUGAAAGGAAUUCCACACCGUGGACUAUUAAAUAGCACAAGUGUGAUUCCAGGACUUUAAAAAGGAAAAGGAAAAAAAAAAGCCCUUCACCUGAGCUUUAAUAUAAAAUUGAAGUUACUUUGGAUUUUUAUUUUCUUAAGACUGGAUGAUUUGCUUUUCUUUGGAUCUUUAAUUAAAAAUGCAUUUGAUUUGUAUAGAGAUAGGUUAGAAAGUAAGACUGCUGCAUGUAUCGAAUGCCUGCUUAUUAGUGAGUAUUGAAAGAACUUUUGUAACCCAUGGAUGUGUCAUUAUUGCAAAUGUAAUGAAUAUGUUAAUGUUUUGCCACAUCAUACAAGCCUUUUGGAAGCAGAUGGUUAUUUAAUUACUAAAGAAAAUACAUACACAGCAACUGAGAAAAUGAAUCCAGAAAAUAAAUGGAAUAAUACUGUACCAUGACAGCUUUUCUUGUUAAAUCAACAUUUCAUUAGCUUCUCAGAAAAAUGCAGAUGAGAGUUAAUGAUAGCAUUGUAUUGAGCAUAUGCAAAAAAAUAUGGAGAUUGCUAUAGAGGUGAAAAGUGACUGGGACAGAGCUAUGAACUUCACUAUAAUAAUCCUAUGUUGUUGCAAUUGUAGCCUUAUUUCAGAAGUCAAGGAUUUCACUUUGUUUUUCCUGACAUUAAAUGCAAGACAGUUUUGUGUUCUGUGAGAAGCUUGGAUUAUCUUGCUGACAUUUUCACAUUAAGGUCGGCAGCGUGUUUCAAACUGAAUUGGCUGUUGAAACUCUAACACUAUGCCAGUGUGUGCCUUUUCUUUAUUGUAUUUUAUCUUCUUAACUAAACGGAGAAGAUCUAAUUCAUCAAAGGGAUGACAGGAGUCUCCAUAUAUCAGUUGCUACUUAACUGUAUUUCUUAACACAUUACCAAAGACUAAUGAAGCUAGUUUGCAUUCAUGUACUCAGAACAAUAUCCAUACAAAUGCAGAUUAAGAUGAUACAAGGAACAUUAUGAUCUGAAAACCAAAAGAUAUGAUAUACCAGAAUAAACAUUUUACUGGAUUUCUUAGUCAUAUUGUUCUUAAACAUUAUUGUUAUUUGGUUUCAAAAAUAGUAUAUGGAGCAUUUUUUACCAUGGCUUCCUUUUUUUAAAUGCCUACCUUCCCCAGGAAAAUGUACUUCUAGAAUUUUUAACUGCAACAUUGUGUAUUUCUUUUCUUCCCACCCUUCUAUUUUUGUAUUUCUGCCUUUCAAAAGUGUAGUUUGAAUGAUUGGCUUUGUUUAAAAGUGCCUUGUGCUUUGCUGAGAAAGGAAGGAGUACAGGAAGAAGCUGGAUAGUGGCCUUUCUGCCUGCUUUCUAGAUUUCAGUGCUGACUAUUCAGAAGCAAUGUGAAUAUUUACAUGGAGAAACUGAGGCACAGAAAAAAAUUAGCAGGUGAACAAUGGAUCGCUAGUAACUGGAAUUCUGACUAUAUUGUCAAAUAAUACAGACUAUGAACCAGUUCACAUGGACUGAAUGGAAGAAUCUGAAUAUGAAUGAUAGUAAUGAGAAUGUAUCUGAGCAUCUAUCCUGCCCUUUUGGAUUUGGACAUUAUAAUGCCAUUGACAUUUGCAUCCUUGAGACUAUUGUUAUUAUCUUACUAACAGUUUUAAUUAUUACUGGUAAUUUAACAGUAAUUUUUGUCAUUCACUGUGCUCCACUUUUGCAUCAUUAUACCACCAGCUACUUUAUUCAGACUAUGGCAUAUGCUGAUCUUUUUGUUGGGAUUAGUUGCUUAAUUCCUACCUUUUCAUUGCUUCACUAUUCUGUAGGUGUUCAUGAGUCCUUAACUUGUCAAAUUUUUGUGUAUGUCAUCUCUGUACUGAAAAGUGUUUCUAUGGCCUGCCUUGCUUUCAUUAGUGUGGAUCGCUACCUUGCAAUCACAAAACCACUCUCCUAUAACCAGUUGGUCACCCCCUGUCGAUUGAGGAUCUGCAUUAUUUUGAUUUGGCUGUACUCAGGACUUAUCUUCCUGCCUUCCUAUUUUGGUUGGGGAAAGCCAGGUUAUCAUGGAGACAUUUUUGAAUGGUGUGCAGCUUCUUGGCUCACCAACGCCUAUUUUACUGGAUUUAUUGUGUGCUUACUCUAUGCUCCAGCUGCCUUUAUAAUCUGUUUUACAUAUUUCCACAUAUUCAAAAUUUGCCGGCAGCACACCAAAGAGAUAAAUGACAGGAGAGCUCGGUUUCCUAGUCAUGAAGUAGAUACUGCUGCAGAAAUUGGACAUAGCCCAGAUAGCCGCUAUGCUAUGGUUUUAUUUCGUAUAACCAGUGUGUUUUAUGUGCUCUGGCUGCCCUACAUUAUAUAUUUCAUGCUAGAGAGCACUAAGGUGCUGGAAAAUCCAGCACUCUCUUUUGUAACAACUUGGCUUGCUAUUAGCAAUAGUUUUUGUAACUGUGUAAUAUAUAGUCUGUCAAAUAGUGUUUUUAGGUUGGGACUUUGGAGAUUGUCAGAGACAAUAUGCUCAGUUUGUAUAUGUAAAAAAGACAGUGUGCUUCAAGAGCCUGUUCCUAGAAAACGGGCUAACUCUUGUUCUAUGUAAGGGAGGGGGGAAGAAUAGGCAAUCAUGCACAAUCCGAUAUAUAGGCUUUAUAAUAUCUGUAUGUUGCCAGCAUAAAAUUUGAAGAAGUAAUAUUCAUUGUAAACACGAAUUAUAUUUUGCAAGAGUAAGAAAACAUUGCUGGAAAGAUGAUGAGUGGGGUACUAGUAAAUGUAAGCAAAGCUUCCAGCAGACUGAACUUAAACCCAGGCUAUCUUUAAUAACAAAAUUUUCACUUACGAAUAUGUAAACAAAACCUGUGGUAGUAAUAUAAGUACUGUAUGUUAUUUUAAAAUGCUUAUUUGUGGAGGAAUACAUUUUUUCCCCCUAAUGUAAUAUAUAAAAACGAACUAAUUUUCUUUUGUUCUUUUGGAGUCUGUGACCCAAUUGUUCGGGCACCUUUUUGCUGUUCAGUGCAGAGCAUGCAUUUAGCAUGUAUAUGAAACUGUUUUAAAAUACAUUUUGUAUUCUGUAUCGUGGUUUUCCUAAACUAUUAUUAAAUCAUUGUUUAACAC